GCCUUGAUUGGAUAAUCAAAGGACAUAGCCCGCCUUCUCGACAGCGUUAUUUAAAGGUACAGAGUGCCAACGCGUACAAAGUUCUCUGCUUAGCGCCAAUCAUUUGACGGAGGUAUCGUAAGCAACUUGCAAGAAAGUGCCGCUGGCUGGCGAUCCAAAUGUUGCUGCAGUCCCUAGCAUCCUUCUGCCUCCUGGCUGCCACUGCCUUUGCCGUCCCAGCUCAGGAGAAACGCGUCCAUCACCACGCCGACUUGAGCGACCACGCUCACAAUGACGCUCACGACUUUCAGUACGACCACGAGGCCUUCCUGGGCAAGGAGGAGGCAAAGACCUUUGAUAAGCUGACUCCUGAGGAGAGUAAAGACAAACUAGGGAAGAUUGUGGACCGCAUUGACAUAGACAAAGAUGGCUUCAUCAACCACUCAGAACUGCAUUAUUGGAUCAAACACCGGCAAAGGAGGUACAUCGAGGAGAACGUAAACAAGCACUGGAAGGAUUAUGACAUGAACCAAGAUGACAAGAUCGCCUGGGGGGAGUACAAAAACACCACCUACGGAUUCUAUCUUGAUGAGGAGUUUGAUGACAUCGAGGACAAAGCCACCUACAAAUCCAUGCUCACCCGAGACGAAAGACGCUUCAAGGUCGCCGAUCGUGACGGCGAUGGGAUCGCUACGCGCGAGGAGUUCACUGCCUUCCUCCACCCAGAGGAGUUCGAUUAUAUGAGAGACUUGGUUGUACAGGAGACUAUUGAGGACAUUGAUAAGAAUGGCGACAGCAAGAUCAGUUUGUCUGAGUACAUCGGUGACAUGUACACACCAGAGGAGGGAGAAAAUGAGCCUGAAUGGGUGCAGACCGAGAAAAAACAUUUCACUGAUUUCAGAGAUGCCGAUAAGGAUGGUUACAUGGAUUUUAAUGAAGUGGCCCAUUGGAUUUUGCCCGGAGAAGUCGACCAUGCUGACAAUGAAGCCAAACACUUGAUCCACGAGACAGACACUGACAAGGAUCAGAAAAUAACCAAGAAGGAGAUCUUGGCCAACUGGAACAUGUUUGUUGGUAGCCAGGCCACCAAUUACGGAGAAGAUUUAACAAAGAGUCACGAUGAACUUUGAAGAACUGUCACGUCCCAAGUGGAGCCUUGCAUUAUUUCACUAGGUUUGCUCACGUGGUGUCCGUGCCUGACUGCUGGAACGGGUCGCUGGGUAUCACACUUACAGAAACUAUACCACAUGCAGUCACAUACCGUGUAUGUGGUUACAGGUGAUUUGUACUCCAACAUAGCAUUAUUAUAACCAAGUAAAAAGAGUCCGAACAUAUUUCAAUUAAGUCCUACGAAUCUGGAUUUCGUCCACCGUGCACUGAUAUUAAACGGUGUGUUUGGAGUUUGAUCUUUCAAAGAUGGUCACAAUUCCAAAGGCUAUGGUGACAUACACUCCACUGACUGGUUUGUUACUGACGUGCUGUACUUGAAUAUAUUCAGUGUUUUACUUUGUGACACAUCAUGUAUAGCAAUUGAUUGGCUUUUCUAAUUGAAAGCUUUUAAUGGUUGUGUUGGACUGAAUUACAAAUGUAACAACUUUAUCUUAUCAAGUUGCUGUGUAGGUCAGACAAAUUAGAUAGUGUUACUGUGGAUUGGACAAAUAAAGUUGUGAUUUGUUUUUUUUUUAA